AAUCAGAAUGAAUCUGUAACUGCUCUGGAUAUUUCAUCUACUACAAUUUUUUCUAAUCUUCAAUAUGAAAUCAUACUUUCUGCGCUGGAAAAAUUAUCGUCAAGUAGACCAACCUGACGAUUCUUCUUCAGAGACAAAUGAACCCUUUCUAGACAAAGAAAAUGGUUAUCCAACUUUCCAUGAAAAGCCAAGGCCAUUCUUAACUUUCAUUUUGGUUACCUCUAUCGUUUUCAACUUCCUUCUUCUUGCCUUUAGUCUUAAGCAAUCUUGGUCUCCAAGGACUGAUGUAUUUCAACAGAUGUACAGUAAGUAUCAAUCUUAACGUCAGUAUUGAACAUGACUGAUUUGGAACAGCACCUGCAAAAAGUGUGAUAGAAUACCAUAAUCAAAAUUUUGAAAAUCCUAUACCAAAGAUAGAUGAUGAAUGGGCAGGACCACCCACUCCUGAGCGCAAUGCGAGAUGGGCAAAAUUGCAUUAUGUUGGUGAUACUGGUCUUACCAAGCAUGAAGCUUCUCAACUACUCAACAAAACUGCUGCCGCUCUUCCCGGUACUGAUGAUAAUUAUCCAAUUGUCUUGACUGUAUUCCAUGAUCUUCAUUGUCUGGUGGGUAUUUUCUACCUUUUUUUACAAAACAUUUCUAACCUGUAUCAAGGAUGCAAUUCGUCUCACUCUCGGCUACCUCAGAGAUCCAAAAUGGAACGCUACGGUCAACCCAUAUAAUACCGAAUGGCCUGAGAACUUCAAAAGUGGACUUUAUAGUACAGACCAUGCACAUCAUUGUUUUAAUUCUCUUCGACAAUCUCUGCAAUGUUUCUCGGAUGUUACGCCACAAGUCUUCCAAUAUCAUCCAGAUAGAAAUUUGGUUAUUAGUAACUUUAAUGUUAUGCACACUUGCAGAAAUUUUGAUGCGGUAUGUGAUUAUUCUUCUUUAUCUUUAUGUUGAUAGUUCGAAAGUUGCUGAUUUUUGUUGGUGAUAGAUACAUCAAUGGGCACUUGAUCAUGCUUAUGCUGGAGUGUUUAAUUUUACGGGAUGGAGAGAUGAACAGGGAAUUUGUGGUCCGGAUGGAUGUAGUCAUUAAGGUAUUCUCUAGUGAUGUUGUCGGGCACAUCUUGCUCAAAUGUAGCAAAUUUUAUUUCAUAAAAAAUGAUUUUUGCUUACCAUGUCUUUCCU